AUGUCCCCAGGCCUAGCGAAGAAUGUCUUGUACAACUCCACAGUUGCCGUGUGUGACCCUGUCACGAACCAAAUCAAAAAGACCAUCGAGCUCGACAAGCUUUCCUACGACCCGGCUCUCCAUUCCAGCGGCGUCCAAGUCAACCCGCGAGGUCGUCUGUCAGUCAUUGUGAAUGCCGGAGCUGCCUUUGACGCUCGUGGCGAGGACAUCUCGAGCGACAAUUUCCUCAAGUACGACCUUGAGGGCGAGCAAGAGCUGUGGCGGCAAAACCUGACCGCCGUCGGCGUGUACAGCUACUUCCAAGACAUUCAGCACGACGGCUGCGGAAAUUCCUUUGCCGUCGGCACCUGGCCGGCAGCAUCGUCCGCGCCCGACGGCAUUGACUUGCCUCAGCGAUUCGGAGGCAACGUGCUCCUCGUGUCGUCUCAAGAAGAGGGAACAAUUGUGCUUCGCUCGGGAGACGGCGCCUGGACUUUUGCUGCGCGACUUGGUGUUGUGCCCAACAAGUUUCAGAGCCAAGGGGGUUCCACGACGGCGUCUGUGCAAAUAGGCCAUCGCAUCUCUGUUUCGACCGAGUGGUUUGCCGAUGCGGCGAACAAGGUUCCUCUCACAUUUGCCGUAACCGAACCGAGUUCCCCCUUUAUGAUGUUACUUCUGAUGUCGAAGGCUGGUUGGCUAAUGCCCUUGCUUGCUGAGCGUGAGGGUAAUAUACAACCGCUAGUAUACGGGGCUUAUUCCAUGGCGCCUAGUGGACCACACCUGGCAUCAAAGGCGGUGAGCAAGCGAGCCUAG